GAGCCGUUCACCGUCGAGCUAUAACGAGACCUUGCGCGCAACCGCCGCCGAGGCAAAAAAAAGCUGCUGCCCUAAACAGCUGAGCCAGCCAAACACAGACGCCACGCGCCGCCGACGCGCAGCAGUCACACCAAGACAUGGCCCUGGCCGCCGCCGAAGCGCGCGCCGCCGCCGCCGAGGAAGAACUCGAAGUCUUGCGAGACGCGCUGGCCGCGAGCGCCCCCAGCAACAACACCAAAGAUGACAAUGAACUGAUAAAAGCGCUGGAGCGGGAGCGCGACGCGGCCCUCGACGCCCGCGACGCGGCCGAGGAAGCAAGAGCAAAGGCGGAACGCCAACUAAGUCAAUCGAUCGAUAGUGUGAAGGACGGCGCCAAGGGGGCACUCUCACAAUUACAGAGAGAUGCAAAGACCGAGAAAGACAAUGCGGUCAAAAAAGCGGUAGAAGAUGUUAAAAUAGAAGCAAAAAAGAAGAUCGCCGCCGUCAAAGAGAAACUGAAAGCCGUCCAGGACUUCGCGAAGAAGCGCGACGAGGAGUGCAAGGCCGCGGAAUUGAAAUUGGCUUCUCUCGAAGAGGCCAAGGCGACGGCCCUCGACGAUGUGAAGGCUCAGUUACGCCACGCGCAGACGCAGCGCGACGACGCUUUACGACAGGCGCGUACGCCAGUCGCCGCGGCACCCGUAGUACCACAAAAAGGCGGCGACGACGCGAGAUUACGGGCCGCGCUCGACGCUCUGGACAACGAGCGCGACGCGAACGCGCGGCUGCGGGCGGACUUCGAGAGGUAUAAGCGGCGGUCGAACAAGGUGUUGAGAGGGGCGAAGAAGCCCCAAGGGAAGGACGCCGGCGCGGCCGCGGCGGACCGGGCUGCUUUGGUCGCCGCCGACGCCGCGAUCGCCGCUUCUCGUACAUCGGCGGCGGCUCAAAAAGAAGCGCAGGACGCGAUGACGUCGGCGGUCAAGGUCGCGGCGCGCCUCGCGCACGCCAAGGCCGCCGAGGCGAAGAGAAAGGCGCGCCUCGCGAUCCAGGCCGCGCAGAAAAAGCCGGCCGCGCCGCCGCCGGCGCCCGCGACGCCCGAAGCGCCGCCGCCGCCGUCAGAAGAGCCCGAACCAGCUGCGGGCGACGGCUGGGGCGACGACGGCGCCGUCGAGGAUCCGCCGCCCACGCCCGCGCCGGCACCCGCCGCGCCGGCCGGCGAGGGCUGGGACGACGACGACGACCGGCCCGAGGCCCCAGGUCUCGUCGCGCGGAUGCUCGACGCGGAGAUAUCGCUGCCGUUCUUCCGGCGCGGCGGGAGUAACUAGAG